GCCUAAAUCUUUAACAGUGCUGUAGAACAAUUCGUUGUGUCCUCAACCGAAUGGCCUUCGAAGCCUCAAGCGUUCUAAUCCCCUGUGCAAUCCUUCACUGACACUGAAAGUGUAAUCAGCAAGUCAAUACAUUCCGUAGUCCAAGAAUCUCAGUAGCCCAGUAACACUUGUUUCUCUUGCAAGUUGAUCAGGCCACCCUUUCAUUCACUGAGUUCCUCCACUCACUGAUCCCUUCAUCUCACCAGACUACAUUGAUACCCUAAUCACUUCAACAUCUAUCGUCUAAGCAGCCAUAGUGUUACUGCACCUCUCUCUCUCUCUUAUCAUUCACAACGAAAGACUCGACAUCCGAAUCCCAACUCACCUCACAACAUCCACUUGCACAAGUCCCACGUACCUAUCUACCAACCAACGAACAAUGGACCAAGCACCUCCAACUCCACCCACACCCGCCUCCCAGGAGGACACCAUGCCCGAAUUCACCCCCAUCAACGGCAACACUGCCGAAACUUCGGUCCCCUCCCCCUCGGCCGCAGCAGCAAGCACCCCCACCAAACGCGGCAAGAAAUCCGCAGCCGCCAACGGCGAGAAAGCCUCACCUUCCAAGAAGGCCAAGGCAGUAGCGGGAUCCAGCCCCUCGAAGAAAACCAUCGGACUCAUCCCGACCUCUUUCGAGGCGGCUGGAUUAUCCGAUCGAAUGAUUAUUCAGAUGCGGGAUGACGAGGGCAAGAACUGGGGCGAGAUUAAUGAGUCGUGGAUGAAGAUGACUGGUAUCAAGGUGGGGACUAGUACGCUGCGAAUGAGGUAUACAACUAUGAAGGCGAAUUUUGUGGAGUUUACUGGGGAAGAUGAAGCGAGACUUCUUCGUCUUAAGAAGGAGAUUGAGGAGAAGUUUGAGCAGGAGAAGUGGCCUAAGCUUAUGGAGGCGAUUGAGGCUGACGGUGGGAAGAAGUAUCCUGUUGCUGCUUUGCAGAAGAAGUUCAAGGAUCUGGCUAAGGGUAACACUCAUGCUGAUACUGUUAAGGAGGAGUAAGAGGCUCUGGGGUUUGCUGGGCUUCCAUGGGAGGUGGAGGGCAGGCUUGAGCUAGGAAAAAGGAUGCGAAGUACAGAUUUGGGCUAGAUGCAAUUGAAGAUGACACAGCUGGAUAGCUAUGCUGUUGUUCUUGUAAAAGCCUGGCUUAAUUAUCCUCCAUCAAGUCAAUUCUAACACAUGAGC